AUGAUUGCCUUUCAUUUUAUUGAUCUUUUUACUUUUUGUAAGAUUAUCUUUUGCCUUCUUUCUUUCUUUCUUUCUUUCUUUUUUCACCAUUAUUUUGUCUUUCUUUCUUUUUCUUUCUUUACUGAAAUUUUAUUUUUAUUCUUUUUUCUCUCUUGCCUUCAUUUUAUUGUUCUUUCAUACAAUUUUUCUUUCUUUCUUUCUUUUUUCUUUCUUUCUUUUUCUUUCUUUCUUUCUUUCUUUCUUUCUUCACCACUAUCUUUUCCUUUCUUUUUUCUUUCUUUGUCUUUCUUUAUUGAAAUUUUAUUUUUUCCUUUCUUUCUCUUUUACGAUUUUCCUGUUCUUUCUUCUUUUCUUUCUUUCUUUCUUUUGAUUUGUAAUAGUUGCUUCCAUUUUAUUGUUCUUUCAUACAAUUUUUAUUGCUUUUUCUUUACCUUUCUUUUUUCACAACUGACUUUUCUUUCUUUCUUUCGUUUGAUUUUUAAUAGUUGCCUUUCUUCAUGUUCUCAUUGUUUCGACAUCACUCCUUUUACUCCCUUUUUUUUUCAUUCACUCCCCGCCCCUUCAGGCAGUUCGAAGGCCAUUACUCGCUACCAGUCUUUCUUUCUUUCUUUCUUUCUUUCUUUCUUUCUUUCUUUCUUUCUUGAAGAUUGUAAUAUUUUCUUUCUUUCUUUCUUUCUUUCUUUCUUGAAGAUUCUACCAGUCUUUCUUUCUUUCUUUCUUUCUUUAUUGAAGUUUUAUUUUAUGUUUUCGAAAUUCUUUCUUAAUCGCUCCCAGUCUUUGUUUGUUUGUUUGUUUCUUUUUUUCCUUCUUUCUUUCUUUCUUUCUUUCUUUCUUUCUUUCUUUCUUACCUACUUCGUUCAAAUAUAUCCCUUUCCGGGACAUAUCACUAUCUAUCUAUCUAUCUAUCUAUCUAUCUAUCUAUCUGAUAUAAUGGAAUAUGCAUACACCUGUGUUCCCUCUCACUGGAAUAUGAUUGGCGGCUACUUCGUUCAAAUAUAUCCCUUUCCGGGACAUAUCACUAUCUAUCUAUCUAUCUAUCUAUCUAUCUAUCUAUCUAUCUAUCUAUCUGAUAUAAUGGAAUAUGCAUACACCUUCAUUUGUUUGUCUUUUUUCAUUCGUUUUCUCAUCCUCUUCUUAUUUUUAAUUUUCUUUCUUUCUUUCUUUCUUUCUUUCUUUCUUUCUUUCUUUCUUUCUUUCUUUCUUUCUUUCUGUUUUUCUUUCUUUCUUUCUUUGCUUCUUUCUUUCUCUUCAAGAAAUAUGCAUUUUCUUUACACUUUCAUUUUUAAGUCUUCUUUUCAAAAAUAUAUAUUUUCUUUACUCCUUCUUUCUUUCUUUUAUUCUUUCUUUCUUUCCUUCUUUUUCUUUUCAUUUUUUCUUUCCUUUCAAGAAACUUUUUUUACAAAAAAUAUAUUUUUUCUUUACUGUUUAUUUCUUUUUUCUUUCUUUCUUUCCUUCUUUUCAUUUCUUCGUUCUUUCCCUUCAAGAAACGUCAAUUUUUUUACAAAUUCAAUAUUACUUUACUCUUUUUCUUUCUUUCUUUCUUUCGUUAUUUAUUUAUUUAUUUCUCUUCAAAAAUAUGUAUUUUUUUACUAUUUUUCUUUCUUUCUUUCUUUCUUUCUUUCUUUCUUUCUUUCUAUUCAAGACUAUGUAUUUUCUUUACACUUUCAUUUUUUAAUUCAUUUUUUUAAAAUAUAUUUUUCUUUACUCUUUCUUUCUUUUAUUCUUUCUUUCCUUCUUUCUUGUAUUCAUUUGUUCUCUCUUUCCUUUCAAGAAACAGUAUGUAUUUUCUUUACACUUUCUUUUUUUAAUUCUUUUUUUUCAAAAGAUAUAUUUUUCUUUACUGUUUCUUUCUUUUUUUUUUUCAUUCUUUCUUUCCUUCUUUUCAUUUUUUCGUUCUUUCCCUUCAAGAAACACAUUUCUUUCUCCUUUUUCAUCCUCUUCUUAUUUUUAAUUUUUCUUUCUUUCUUUCUUUCUUUCUUUCUUUCUUUCUUUCUUUCUGUUGUAACCUAG